AUGGAUAAUCCUUCAUCUGAAAGAGAUAAAAGGUUGAUGCGAAGGGAACAAUUGAAAUUAGAGAUUGAAUAUAAAGAGAGACAAAUUCAGAAGAGAACGAAGCUCGCGAGCAUUAAACAAAGAGACAACGAGAUUGAAGAGGAACAAUUAGCAGAAUUGCAAAAACAGAGAAUGAGAGUGGUUGAAAUGCGACACAAGGCUCGACAAGAAAAAGAAGACCUACAAAAACGCAAAUGUGAAGAAAUCAGAAUAAAACGAGAAGACAAAGAGAUUGAAAGGCUGAAAGAAAAAAGAAGGCAGUUGGAAAGACAGAUUCUAGAAAUCGAAGAAUUUGAUGCGUUGGAAGAUGCUGAUGGUAGCAUGGAACAAGAAGGAGCAUGUGGUUAUGAUACACAGUUUAAGGACAUAAACACAGAUGAAUAUAAAAGAGAUGACGUGAGAUAUAAAGACAAUGCUAAAAUGAGCAGAUCUGUAAUAACGGUAGAUGAAUAUGGACAUAUAGAUGAUAUCAGUAGCAUCAGUAGGGGCAUUAGGUACCAUGAAAGUGAAUUGGAACGUUCAGAGACUUGUUCAGAGAGUACCACAGACACCUUUGACAAGGAGUUAAAAUGGCUGGACAGCAAAGCCAAGAAGCAUGUUGUAACUGAUCGUGGUGACAGGUUGAAAGUUCAGAGGAACAAUAAUGUCGACAAAUGUGAUGAUGAACUACUGAACAAAGAUGUUAAUCAUGAAUAUCAUAAUUAUAGAGGAAAUAGAAAAUUGAAAUUGUCACAUAGAAAGAAACAUGGCAAUGUGGAUCAAAUACACAGAUUGAAUUCUGAGGCCAGAAUUAAAAAGGAGGGAGAUACAUAUGUAACAGAUGAUGAUGACACGUACUCAGAUGACGAAUAUAGUAUUGAAAGUGAAGUAGUACAGCAAUUAAAGAAGGAGAUAGAAGACAUGAAACAGAGAGAAAUAAAAAUGAUGGAUGAAAUUGAAAGUAGAAAUAAAGCGGAAAAAAUAAAAGCAGCUAAGAGAAAGCUCAAGCAACAACAAAUAAGACAACUAUUACAGCAAAAGCAAGAGUUAGAAGAGAGUCUGUUGGAGAAACAAAGCACUUUAAGUUCCCUAGAGGGAGAGUAUUGUGCAGAUGAUUUGGACACUGACAUAAAAGCAGUACGUGAACCUAAAGUGCCUUUUGUAAUAAAGCCUAAUGUUCCAAAAUUCUCUGAUCCUCAAACAUUCAAUGAAUGGAAACUUGAAAUUGAAUGUAUGAUGAAAUCUGGCAUUUAUCACCAAGAUGUAUUGAGUCAGUCGAUAAGAAAUUCCAUCACUGGAAAGCCAAGAAAAGUUCUCACAACUUUAAAGCCUGAUGCAAGCCUGCAAGAACUACUUACAACUUUGGAAACAAAUUUUGGUGAUAUCAAGACGGGCCAAAGUGUUAUAGAAGAAUUUUAUAAUAGCAAACAAGAAAAAUACGAAGAUAUAUCGACAUGGGCCAUACGGUUGGAGACACGUAUCCAGAAGGCCAUUAAUCGAAAUGAAAUACAAGAAGAAAAGAAAGAUACAAUGUUGAGAACGAGAUUCUGGAGGCACAUCAAUCAUACUUAA